CGUUUCAUUCAGUUGUUGAGCCGUGACCAGGAUGAAGGUAUUCGUAGUGCUAGCGCUUUGCUUGGUGGCAGUCAUUGCCGGUCCUGAAGAGGACAUCUGGCUACAGUACAACCGUCGUAUGCCCGGAGCAUAUCACACCUCGAAACCAAUUGAGCGGGAGCCUGUGCGUGGUCGUAUCGUCGGAGGAGUUGACGCUGAAAUCGAGGACUUCCCCUAUCAGCUGUCGCUGCGUCGUAAUGGAGCUCACAGCUGUGGUGCCUCAGUUAUCUCCGAGCAGUGGGCUUUGUCUGCUGCUCACUGUACCUACCCGAUUCCGAACUUGGCCAUUAUGAGUAUGCGAGGAGGAUCGGCCAACCGUCAUGAGGGAGGACAACUAUUUACCAUCGAUCGCAUUGAAAACCAUCCUCAGUACGAUGAUUGGAAUCUUGAAAAUGACGUCAGCGUUCUGCACACCGUUCAGCAACUGGUCGGAGCUAACAUCCAGCCGAUUCAACUGGUUCCUGCUGAAACAUACUACCCACAUGGAACUCGUGCCGUGCUGUCUGGAUGGGGUCUAACCAGCGUGCCCGGAAGUCUGCCAACCAUUUUGCAGAGUGUAGAUAUUCCAGUGAUUGAUGCCGCUACUUGCAGUGCUGGAUGGCCAGCGGGCUGGAUUACUGAUGAUAUGCUGUGCGCCAGUGAGCCAGGCCGUGAUGCGUGCAACGGAGACAGUGGUGGUCCGCUGGUCACCGGAGGUCGCCAGAUUGGUAUUGUUUCCUGGGGCUCAACCAACUGCCUCGGAAACGAGCCGGGAGUUUACGCUCGCGUUGCUCUUCCUCGUCUGCGUAACUGGAUCACCGAAGUUACUGGAGUUAACUAAAUUAGUUAGAAUAAUAAAAUUUAAUAAAAUUUG